UUUCCAAUGGUUUGCGCAUCUCCACUCGCCGCUUCACUCCAGUCCAGCGGGGGGCGCUAAAACACCAACGCUUCUUCACCAAACAACAUUAAACCACAGAAGAAGAAGAUGAGUUUCUCAGCGGUCUCUCCCUGUAGUUUUGUCUUGAUGCUGUUUUAAUAAAAACUGUUAGAAAUGCAGCUGCUGUAAAUAAAAAAAUACAGUUUUUGAAUCAGGUCAAUAAAAACUUGUAAUAUUCUCUUUCCCAUAGUCGUGACUACGUUUUGUAAUAAGCAGGAAUAUCUGAAGGAGUAUCAUCUGAACUGAGAUCUGCUGCUGUGAAGAUGGAGUUUAUUAAAGACAUCAGUGAACUACAAACCUGCAGAAUAAAACAAGAGGAACCAGAAACAUUGAGAAUAACACACAAGGAACCAGAACCCUUGAUAAUAAAACAGGAGGAAACACAAACCUGGAGAAUAAAAGAGGAGGAACAGGGAGAGUUGACUGAAAAAAACGAGGAGAGCGAAGAAUUGAGUGAAGUUGAGGAGAAAAAUCAUGCUGAAACUGGAGAAAAACCAUUGAGUUCCUCUCAAACCAAACAGAGAGAUUUAAAGAAAACAAGAGCCAUGAAAUCUUUCACCUGCACUCAGUGUGGAAAGAGAUUGACAAGCAAAUAUAAAUGUGCUGUUCACAUGAGAGUUCACACCGGAGAGAAACCAUACAAGUGUUCACACUGUGACAGGAGAUUCAGUCGUUUAGGACACCUGAAAACACACGAGAGGAUCCACACCGGAGAGAAACCUUACACAUGUGAUCAGUGCGGGAAGAGUUUCAAACAAAAAGAGCACCUUAAAGGGCACAUGAGGAUUCACACCGGAGAGAAACCAUACACAUGUGAUCACUGCGGGAAGAGCUUUGGACACGCUGCUAAUCUUAAGGAUCACAUGAACAUCCACACGAGAGAGAAGCUGUACUCAUGUGAUCAAUGUGACAAAACAUUUCUGAGGGCAUCACACGUAAAGAAUCACCUGAGAGUUCAUUCAAAGGAGAAACCACAUUCGUGUCAUUUGUGUGGGAAGAGUUAUUCACGUCUACAUUAUUUUAAAGUACAUCAGAAGACACACGCUGCUGUGAGAGAAGAGUACAUGUGCUUCGACUGUGAGAAGACUUUUACUUCAGCUGAACAUCUGAAACGACACCAGAGGAUCCACGCUGGAGAGAAACCGUACACGUGUUCACACUGUGACAAGAGAUUCACUCGGUCAGGGACUCUGAAGACUCAUGAGAGGAUCCACACCGGAGAGAAACCGUAUCACUGCACUGCAUGUGGGAAGUUUUUCAAUCGUUCAUCUGCUCUACACAGACAUACAAAGAGCAAUCACCACCAAAUAUUUUCAUACUCUUGAAGAUUUCUUUAGGUCUUGUCUCAGACCCAAUCUCUCUGGUCUCAGCCUUGACUCAGACUCAAAAGAGCUGGUCUCGACUACAACACUGCUGCGUCCUCACCAAAUGAGACACAAUAAUGCAUCAAUCAGUAAAACAUCAUCUGGAUAAGUCUGUCCUAACCAGACAUUACAAGAGACAUGACAAAAAAACAUUAUCUGAAGUUUCACAGUGAAGAAAGUUCAUCUUCAUCUUCGAAUCCAGCAGAUUCUACUGAGAGAUUCAGAUUAACUCAAAGAUGCCGUUCCUCCACAGAGAACAAUGUCAGAAAGGUUUAUUCCUGUGUAUUAUUUUGCUUCAUUAAAUACAUAUCAUUGUGUUUUCAUAUGAGUUUCAAAUUAUGUUCAAUUGUAUUAUAAUGCGUCACUUGUAGUUUGCUUAUUCUUACAUGAAGGAAUAUAAAAGAUUCUUACCAACUGUUCUUGUUUAGAAACAGAUAAAGAGGCUGCAACACUUUUAAAAAAGACAUAUUUUUUUAUUUUAUUUUUUAUAAUGAGUAGUAAAUCUUCCACUUAUGUGUUUAGAAAAUGCAGAUUCAGAAUAAACUGUCAUGUAGCAUUGAAACUGAUCUUUCUGUGCUUC